AUCUCAACGGUUGUCUGGCCGCCGCUGAUUUCGCACAGCUUUCGAUUUCAUGCAAUUCGAGUCCGGCGUCGGAAAUUUGAUCUUAACGACGCCAUCGCCGAUGCAUAUUCGUUGUUCCGGUAAAAAGAUAGAGAGAAAAGAGGAAUGUUGCGAUUUGUUCGAGGCCGUAAUCAAAACGAAAAGAGUUUGAAAGGCACGGAGAAUCGCUUUACGAUAUCGCCAACCUUCAAUGCAAGUAAUCCGCCAUUAAUGAGACGCUCUUGCUCUGCAAAUUGGCUUUUUCAAUCACAAAUACAUUCGGGAAAGCGGGAUUUUUUUAAUAAAACAUUAAUAGAGACAAAAUAUAACGAGAAAUGGGAAGGGUAUCGCCGGCGGCUGCGUGGAGUAGAUGACUGCUCCGAGGACAAGUCAAUUUACACUCGUCCACUCCUACGAUAAAAUCGCAGAACCGCUCCAGUAGCCCAUUCUUCGCCUCCCUAUGCGCGAACACUUCUUCCCCAAAACUUCCAUCCGCGGAUUCUUCGCAAGCACUGAUCUCUUCCAUCGGCCAACACUUCUUCUCCAAAAAAGCACUUAUUCUUCGCUGUACUGUACAUCUUUGCUGAAGGAAAAUUUCACCCAAAGUCAACAUCCGCUGAUUCUUCACUUCAAUUCUGAGAUCUACGUCGUCAAAUUCCGUUUACUCUGUGUCAAUUCGAUAAUCAGGUUUGUUUAUUCUGUGUCAAUUCGAUAAUCAGGUUUGUUUCCAAAUCUAGCUUCAAAUCUUAUUCAAUUCAUAACUUCGUGAAUUCGUGGAUUCGAGGCUCUCAAAAUCCUUACCUAUUUCAGAUUCUGUACACUCGAUUUCCCCAAUAUUUUCCGGUAAAUUGAACGAUUAUGAAUCGCCCCAAAAUUACAUACCUAAUUUAGAAUCGUAUUAUUUGUAUUUACAUUAUUUUUUUCGCCAAUUACUUUUUCUAUGAGUAAUAUUCUACCCAUAUAUACAUUCUCCUCAAGAAAACCCACCACACCCCUUAUGCAUUUUUUUCUCGAGGGUUUCAAAACUGUUUUUUGUUCUAUACAUGUCGAAGACCAUCCAUCCAUUGAUUAUAUACUCUACCCAUAUAUAAUGAUGAGAAGACUACGAAUUCUAUUGAGAUGGUGUUCAUGAACGAACAUGUAAGUCAAUUUCUCAUAAUUCUUAUUAUUGGAUAGGAUCUUGGAUGAUAUUUUUUUUCGUGUGGAUUGUAUUGGUGAUAUAAUGAUAUUGUUGUUACAUUUUUCGUAUGGAUUAUAUUUUUAUAGACCUGGAAACUACUGAUUAUGCAGAUUGAGUGUUAAAAUGCAAUCUAAAUUUUACUUACUAGAUACCACUGAUUGUGCAGAUUAAAAAAUGAUUCUGAUUUUUUUGAGAUGUAUAUUGUUAACUGAACCUCAGGGUUAAAUGAGUCUUAUAUCUAUUAGUAUUUUUAAACUAAUAGCACAAUAAAAACAUAAAUGAUGCAUGUUUAUACAAAAGUAGUUGUUGCAUAUUUUUACAAAACAUAGUUGCUGCCUGUUUAUUAAAAAGUCAUUCCUGCGUUAGUGCAUGUUUAUAAAAACAUAGUUGCUGCCUGUUUACAUAUUUACUAUAAAAAAUAAGAGUUGGACUACUGCCGUUGAAGUAAAGUUUAGAACAUGAAUGUAUUCUAUUGAUGUCGUUACAAAGUCAUGCACCCACUUUCCCCCAAGAAUUUCAUUUGUGGUUUCUUACUCUUAUUUUUAUUUUCCUUAUUUGAAUUAGUAGAAAUUGGUGGACAGUGAAUGCUGAUAGGAAUGAUAGCAACCUUUGAAGAAAUUUAUGCAAACCAUAUAUAAGAGGAAUAUAAUGGAGAGUUUCUAAAAAAAUAUGACUGUUUGUUGAAGAAUGAUUUGUACAUUACUGGAUUUUGGAGAACACAAGAUGGGACAAUGGCACUAUACACUAAAAUGGGGGGAGUGCUCUUUCAAAUAUGCUUACAGUGCCAUUUUAGAACCUAAAGAAAUCCACUUUCCUAACAACUUUGCUGGCAGAAUUUUCAAGUCCCUAAUGUCUAACUCUUCAAUUGGAAAGUAACUAAUAAUUGUUUGGCUUUUCCCAAUUAUCUCACUAAAUAUAAUAUACACCUGCCACAUUAAUAUAGAUUAGUGAACAAAAUGGAAAAAAGCAUUAUUUGAUUAAUCUAGAUUUUUGCUGAGAAACCCUUUAAGUGUGAGAGAGUUGCCUUAGAGCCACCAGACCACUCUUCACCGUCCACCGACCAACACGCCAAUUUUUCAAUGUGCAAUUAACUGGUAUUUCUCGAUUGAGGUUCCUUCUUGGUUUUUACUAAUAUGACUGUUUAAAAUCAUUGUUUAUUUGUUUGAUUUAAUAAAGCAUUAUUUGAUUCUUCAUUUGUGUGUGGUGCAUCAAGAUCAAUUUACAGAGCUUGGACGGCCUACAUAAAUCAGAGUGUAUAGUUCAAUCCUUUACAUUUUUUAUGUUGGUGUCGUUCAAAGAAAGGUAUUGCAGCUAAUUUUUUAAAAUAUCGUCUUUGUUAAAAAUGCAUUUAUUCCAUUUACGUAAAAAACUGAGGUGAAAUUCAUCAAUUCUUUACACAACUAUUUCCUUUGUUAUUUAUUGAUCAGUGCAAACUUUUUUCCACAGGUAUUUUAGUUGCAAAGAAAAUACACAUUUUAUGUGUUUCAUCAGAGAAUUUGAUUGAAGAUUUUGUAGAAUCAAAGAAUAAUCAAUUUGAACAAAAUGGAGUCGAUAUCACCGAUUCUACUGUCAACAAAAGAAUGAUAGAGGUGGAACAUUGUGAUGGAGACGGGGAUGAGUUGAGCAAGAAGAUGAAGAUCGUUAUAAUAGAGAAAAAUUAGGAAUAUAUAUUUUAUGUUAGCCUGAGAGUAUUGUUUUUUUGGAUUGAUUUAUGUGUCACACGGUUUAAAAUUUAUAAUUUUGGACUGUUUGUUUAGUUUUUAAAAUACAAAAUUUUGUGGCAUUUGAAAAGUACUCCAUAGUUGCAGCUAGAAGAGGAUGUAAAACGAGAAAUCCAAGGCCUAAACCUUCCAAGAGAAAAAACCCUAGUUUCAGAGCCCAGCUAUGGAUCCCAACUCAGCGGAACAACGAAUAAUAACGGAGAGAUUGAGGCCGAAACUGGAUGAAGUCAACAGAGCUCUACAGACGCAUUUCUCAAGCGUGGAAGACCAUGUCAGUUUCACCCUCCAGCAAUCGUACUUCAAGUGCGCGUACGAGUGCUUCGACCGGAGGAGGAGGCAGGAGGAGAUAGGAACUUGCGUCGAGCGCUGCACCGGCCCUCUUGUCAAUGCUCAGAGUGUAUUUCAGAACGAAAUUUCAGUAUUUCAAGAAAAGCUGCAAAGGUCACUGCUGGUCUGCCAAGACAAAUACGAGUCUUCAAAACUCCAGGCGAACAAAGGCAAUGCGAUGAUGGAGUUGGAGUCGUGUGUUGAUCUUUCGGUUCAAGACAGCAUCAAGACAUUGCCUCAUGUUGUUGAAAGAUUGAAGGGCCAAAUGGGCAUGACUGAUUGAUUCUAUGUAGUAGUUUGGUGGGAGAUACAGAGCUUUCAUACUCUCAUAAAUAAAUUUCCAACCACCACCAUCACCAGAGUGCAGUUUUUGUAGUCACUGCAGAAACAUGGCUUAUUUGUUUACUACAUCCAUUAAACACUACUACUAGUCAUUCUAGCAAUGAAAGAAACGAGUCAGCCAGUAAUUUCUUUUUCUUGAGGGGCUAGCCUACUUAAUGAAAAGAUUUACACCAGAUACUGUUCUAUGUUGAAUGUGGAAAACCUGGCUUUGAAGCCUCAAUAAAUAGGAUUUUAUUGU